UACUAAUAUAAUUUCCGAAGACAAAGGUGGAGACAUUUAUUUUCGGUCAUUACAUAAAUAAUGAAGACAAAAGUGUUAUUUUCCACUUUUAAUCCAAACCCUUAAUUUCCCUCCUCAAACCCACGACUCUUCAUUUUCCCCAACUUUUGUCCAAACCCUUAACCCUCCUCAAACCCACACCUGAAACCCUCAAACCCACCCAGCACUCUUCGAUCGGUUACAGCUCUCGACGAGGACGACGACGACGGAGACAAGGAGGAAAGACAACGACGACAAGGACGCCUCUUCCUCCUCCUCAAAUCUUUCUAUUAGAGGUUUUGUGGUUAAGCAUCAAGAAUCUAAAUUGGAAGGAGAGUGGUUAAGCAUCAAGAAUCUAAAUUAGAAAGAGAACACGAUUUUUUCCAAGUUUUGAGCUAGAGAUAUGGCAGAUAAUGUGCCGACACAUGAUUGCUCGGGAGAUGAGAACUCAGGAGAUGAGAACUUAGGUUAUUGUUUGCAACCUCCUAACCAUCGAGGUCCUACACGGAUGAAGCGGAUAUGCCAAAGAAUGGAUAAAGGUGAAAAAAUAGACCUUGAAGUUAAUGACAAAGGGGAAUACUUUGGAGAGAUGAUAUCGUGGCUUGGAGUUAGAUGUCGACAAACAAUCGGUAUCAAUUAUAAAGACUGGAGAUAUGUGGAUCAAUCGUUGAAGGACAAAAUUUGGAAAGACGUGCAACGUGGUUUCAAUGUUCGUGCAGAUUGGAAAAAAGAUUGUCUUAAAAUUGCAGGACGAAUUAUGAAGGAUUUUAAGACAAAAAUGACAUGCGAUGUCAUAAUGCCUUUGGCCAAAGAGAAUAAGGUGAAGGAGCUCGCAAUUCCCCCCAAAAACCAUCCUGAAAUUGAUCAAGAAGAUUGGGUAAAAUUUGUUGCGAGUCGUCUAACACCUGAACAUAUGGCUUUGAGAAAGGCACAAUCUGACCGAGCUUGCCAGAAUACAUCAAGGCACCACUCAGCUCGUAGAGGCAUGGUGACUCUCCGAGAGGAUGUGAAAAAAGAAAUCAAAAUUCAAGAUCCAGCCCGCCAUCAUGUUUGGUUAAAAUCCCGCAAGAAAAAUAAUGUCCUAGUUACGGACUUGGAUAGGGAGAUUGCCGCAAGAAUAGCUGAACUCGAGGAAAAAGUAAACUCAGGGGAAGUUUUGGCCAGUGGUCGGAAUGACAUAUUGACUCAAGCAUUAGGGACACCUGAGCACCCUGGCCGGGUCAGAGCUGCUGGGUUCACUGCAAAGGCUAGUAAGAUAUUUGGUCGAAAGAAAAGGGCUAAAUGUAGUGAAUCAUCCUCCCAAAAACAAGAAAUUCUUCAACUCAAAAAAGAAAUUGAAGAAUUGAAGAAAAAACUGUAUGCUGCACAAGAACAAGAUGAUGGUAAUGACAACUCCUCAGAAGAAAAUGAUGAUCACUUAGAUGAUCAUCAGGAGUUUGGAGGGUACGAAGAUGAUAAUCAGACACCUCCUGUCAUGUACAACUUCUCAUCCACUAAUAACAACGAAGUACUUUUGUGUUCAGACAACAUCCAUAAUAUAGUGGCCAAAGGUGUGGUUCUGGAAUCUGUUAGUCCAGUAACAAUCCAUACCGUGCAGUAUAAAGAAGGGAUUGCACGAGUUUUAAUUACAGAACAACUUCAAGAGGAGGCUGAAAUUGCUCAUCCUAUCGAAAAUAUCCGAUAUGUCUAUGAGACAAAGGACACAUUUCUUCCUUGGCCAAAACAUUUAAUUUUAAAUUUGGAUAAGGUUCCCAUAUUCCCAGAUGUCGCAUCCACCCAUAAAUCAUCGUCAAAGGGGAAGCAGAUAGCAACCCCUCACAGAUCACCGAAUAAAGGGAAACAGAUAUCAACUCUUCCUGCUAUGUCUUCGGCUGGGUCACAAUCAAAUGUCAGGAUAGAUCAAGUGGACAAGAAUGCAACAUUCAAGCUGGAGGUCUGGGCUCAAAUACCUGUAUGUCUCCACUUUUUAGUUGAAGAAUUUAUAAGGAGGAAAGGGAAGUGGAGCGUUGUUGAAGUUCCAACUGAUCCAGACUUCAUGCCACCUCGCACACAUAUUAUCUUGUCAUCAGAGGAUGUAGAGCAGGUUGGAACCUUAAAUUUUAUUGGAUGUCAAGGCAUGAUCUUUGGAAUUAGAUGCAUUUGGGAGGAUUUAACGAAUAUGCGGGAGUAUUUCAAGUUCUUUGACCCAGAGCUACUCAAUGCCACAGACAAAGAUGGAAUUGUCCACCAAGAAGUUGUUAUCAAAUCGGCUGAAUGGUUGAAUACAAUGAAUAACAAAUCUCAGAUGUUCUUCAUACCGUGGAACUACGAACGUCAUUGGAUGCUUGAGAUCGUUUGUGCUGGGAAGAUCAUUCACUUGGACCCUUGGCUUAGACAUAAACGCCCUAAGAUGACUAUUGACCUCACACUCCAAAGGGCAUAUGAACUGCUCGGAGGUUCCAACGAGUUACUUGGAACAUUUCCAGGAGUAACCGUUGCAGCGUGUCCAAAACAAACAUUGGGAAUUGAAUGUGGUUUUUAUGUACUUAGGUACAUUAAUGACAUUGUGAAAGCUCUAAAUUCAUUCGUUAUUAUAAGAGAAAAGUUUGGAAAGAUGGACACAUACGAUGUGGAGACGAUGUUGCUACCACUGCAACAUCAAUGGUUAUCGAAAUUGACACGAUACUUGUACUAGUUAACUUUAGACUUUUAAUUUUAGGCAAUACUUAUUUUGUUUAUUUUUUUUAUUAGUAAGGACUUCACAUAUUUUGUAAUGUAUACUUUAACUUUGUUAUAAUAUAAUUACAAUAUCUUUUGUACUUAAUUUUGUUAUAUAAUUGAAAUAAUAUUUAUUUUAAUAA